CUGCACAGCCCCAUGUACUUCUUCCUGCUCAACCUCGCCCUCCUCGACCUGGGCUGCAUCUCCACCACUCUCCCCAAAGCCAUGGCCAAUGCCCUCUGGGGCACCAGGGACAUCUCCUAUGCAGGAUGUGCUGCUCAGCUGCACUACGGGACCUUGAUGGACAGCAGAGCUUGUGCCACCAUGGCAGCAGCUGCCUGGGCCUCUGGGGUUCUCUAUUCCUUGCUGCACACUGCCAGUACAUUCUCAAUGCCUCUGUGCCAAGGCAAUGCUGUGGAUCAGUUCUUCUGUGAAAUCGCCCAACUUCUUAAGCUCUCAUGCCCAGAAUCAGACUACUACAGGGAAACUGUGAUUAUUUAUUUUAGCCUUUGUUUAAUCUUUGGAUGCUUUGUAUUCAUUGUUGUGUCGUAUGUGCAGAUCUUCAGGGCUGUGCUGAGGAUGCCCUCUGAGCAGGGCCGGCACAAAGCCUUCUCCACGUGUCUCCCUCACCUGUCUGUAGUUUCUCUCUUUGUCAGCACUGCCAUGGUUGCCUACCUGAAGCCGCCCUCAGUUUCCUCCCCAUCCCUGGACCUGGUGGUGUCAUUUCUGUACUCGGUGGUGCCUCCAGCACUGAACCCCGUCAUCUACAGCUUGAGGAACCAGGAGCUCAAGACUGCAGUGAGCAAUACAUACUUCUUCAGCAUCCAUAAGAUGCAUGCCAGCCUAAUAGGAGUCCCAAGGUGGACCAGGAAGGUGGCUCUGGACGUUUGCCACCCUCAGCCCCUCACAUCAGCCAUUUCCAGCGCCGACUGCAUGUUUAAUGCAGAGCAUUUUCCUGAAGCCAUCUCCAUGUUCUUGGUGGUAGAGCAGGGCUUUCUGCAGACCCCUGUGUGGGACACGGCUGAGGCAGCACUGGGUCUGAAAAGCAGGAUUGCUGAGAAGUGUG